AUGUUCAUCUACAUCAUCAUCGAGGCUGCAAUUGUGACGUCUUCUGUUACUGCUGCAGAUAUCCUUAGGGAGAAUGUGAUGAAAGAUUACACACCACAAGACAUGACCAAAAGUAAAUUACGUGACAUCGCAAAGUGGGCCACUUCUGGAAGUGGAUUUAUUCUCAUCUUGCUUGUGGCAUUCCUAUCCAUCUAUUUGUCAAUUGAAUCGUUCAUGGUGGCUUAUCGUAAGUGCAGAGGGCUGAUUCGUGAUUACAACGCUAUGAGAUAUGUAAGGAUUGAAGAACCAAGACACAAUGCAGCCAGUACAAACCCCCCUCAAUGUGAAACUUGCUUCUCACUUCCUAAUGCGCCUUCCUCUCCCCAACCCAUCCCUCAGGCUCCGGGAGAUGACGAAUACCUGGAGACUUUCAGACAGCAACACAGCUACUCAACCAGACAUGUGUGUCAGAGUCCUUUUCCUCUACAAAUUAACGAAGACAUCAUUGAUAUCUUUGACGAAGAAGCCAAUGACAUUUUUCAUUUAGAUAGUCCUGAACGCUAA